GCUAGAUUAACGGGGCGUCUCACUUGAUCGUCCUCUCUUUGUUGAACGGAUCCGCGUCGAAACUUGAAAUCCUCCCCCAAUUCUUCUUCCCGAAAUCAUUCGAUUCUACUCCUUUUCGGCCAUUCUUCACCGCCGUAGCAUUGCGCUAGCGACAAUCGAGGCUUCAGACAAUCAAAUUGUGAUUCUCCAUCAAAUGGUCUGUUGGUUUCAGAAAUGGAACGGCUUGGGUUAUCAUAGCUGAACUUGAUUAAAUGGAUAAGAAACAACAUAUUUCUAUAUUCACUACUGCAAGCCUACCAUGGAUGACUGGAACAGCUGUCAAUCCUCUGUUCCGUGCUGCUUAUCUCGCAAAAGAUGUGGAUAGAAAGGUUACUUUGGUCAUUCCUUGGUUGCCUUUGAAAGAUCAAGAACAUGUUUAUCCUAAUAAGAUCACAUUUGCCUCGCCUUCAGAGCAAGAAAAAUACGUCCGUCAAUGGCUAGGGGAACGGAUUGGAUUUGCAUCUGGAUUCAAUAUUCUCUUUUAUCCAGGAAAGUUUUCACUAGAUAAAAGGAGUAUUAUUCCUGUUGGAGAUAUUACAGAAAUCAUCCCUGAUGAAGAGGCAGAUAUUGCAGUCCUUGAGGAACCUGAGCAUCUUACAUGGUUUCACCAUGGGAAAAGAUGGAAAACAAAAUUCUGCCUGGUUAUAGGAAUUGUUCACACCAAUUAUUUGGAAUAUGUGAAAAGAGAGAAGAAUGGACAAUUACGGGCAUUUUUUCUGAAGCACGUGAAUAGUUGGGUUGUUAAUAUAUACUGCCACACGGUUAUACGUUUAUCUGCAGCUACCCAGGAUCUUCCGAGAUCUAUUAUAUGCAAUGUUCAUGGAGUCAAUCCUAAGUUCAUUGAGAUUGGAAAGAAGAAGAGUGAACAACUGCAAAACGGAAGCCCCGCCUUCCCCAAGGGAGCCUAUUACAUUGGUAAGAUGAUAUGGAACAAAGGCUACAAGGAGCUUCUUAAACUCCUCACUGAUCAUCAAAAGAAUUUAGCUGGACUUGAUGUUGAUUUAUAUGGGAGUGGGGAGGACUCAGCUGAAGUAGAGGAAGCUGCCAAGAAAUUAGAAUUAACAGUUACGGUUCAUGCUGGAUGUGACCAUGCUGAUCCUUUAUUCCAUGACUACAAAGUGUUUCUAAAUCCAAGCACCACGGAUGUGGUAUGCACCACCACGGCAGAAGCAUUGGCGAUGGGCAAAAUAGUUGUGUGCGCCAAUCAUCCUUCGAAUGACUUCUUCAAGCAGUUCCCAAAUUGCCGAACAUACAAUGAUGGAAAGGGGUUUGUUGAAGCGACACGCAAAGCACUGGCCGAAGAGCCUACCCCCUUGACUGAUGCACAAAAGCACGAGCUCUCAUGGGAGGCUGCCACAGAGCGUUUUCUAAAGGCUGCGGGGCUGGACCAGCUGCCACCAAAGAAACUGACAAAGAGUUCCUCAAAGCUCUUCAUGUCAGCAUCCAUGAAUUUGAGGAGGAACUGGGAGGACGCAACUGCCUUUGUGCAUUAUCUGGGAACUGGGAUCGUGGGCUCGCAACCAGACUCGAACCAAUACAAGGAGCUUGGCAUGGCAUCGCCUUCUGGAAAACAAGCGUCCCAAUGAUGAAUCGUGUCGAUGCCAGUUUGGUAGAAACUAGGAAGCUUUUGUUGUUUAUCUUGGGGGAAUUGGCCACCAAGUGCAACAAGAAGCUGCCAGGUUUCUCCGUCUCUGCCAUUGUUGUUGCUUAGUGUGAAAAAUUGUACUAAGGGAGAGUAGGACUCAUAUUCCUGUUCAUAAUCCUGGUACAAAUUCUUGAAUCUUGAUUCUUGAUCUUAGUGUGUUAACAGAGUGUUAGCUCAAGCAGAGUUAUCAUAAAGAGAUUCAAUUCUUCUUGUGGAUUA